AUGUUGGUCAGAGUAAUUUUAAGUCUUCUCGCUCUGAAUGUGUUGGCCAGCUCAGAGCCGGAACCAGAGAAGACGGGCCUCAGCAAAAUGUUCGCUCCCAUUCUUUUCCCACCCACCGCCAACAUCCAUGAACAACAUGAUGGGCCAAUUUCUGCCGAGUAAGUGCUACAACUCCAUCUUAAAACCCCCAUUUUUAAAUUAGUGCUUUCGCCUUAAGUUGAGGGUAUUGUUUUAACUUUUGAGAAGUAAAAUUAUAUUUUUACUUUCAGAAAUCUGGAUUACUAUGAUGCUGUUGCCGCCGGCCUUGAUGGAGAACCCCGUGCUCCAAUUGUCCGGCCAGCCGCUGUUUUCCAGCCUCCAGCCCUCGUUGUCCCGGCUUUCCGCCCAAUUCAGGCCCCCGUUUUCGAAGACAUCCCACCAAUGAAAGUUUCGCAAAAAGACUUUGAGACCAAGAAGUUGGCCAACUUUGCCCUCUUCAACCAAGGAACAGAUGGCUUCCAAGUCAAAACACAAGAAGUCCCAGUGACCACUGGCAGCCCAAAAAUGGUCCAAGUCGCUGCUGGAACGGAAGGUAAAUCUUGGGAUAUCAAGAAAAUAUCAACUUGAUUCAUCAAGUACAUCCUGUGCUAGUGCAAAAUGUAUAACAUUACAAACUGAUAUUUCAGAAUCCGAAGUUGAGAUCAAAGAACUCGAAACGACGACUCCAGAGAUUGGCCUUCCUCCUAUCGCCGAGAAAUUCGUCGUUUCUUCAGAUUAG